GGUGGUAGUGCCUUUGGAAAACUAGCUGGGUCUACGCCCUUCGGCUCCUUUGGAAACACGAAUGCUAAUGCGACCGCUAACACAACCACAAACCAACCUCAACAGCCAACAACUUCGCUGUUUGGAUCGUUCGGUCAACCUCAAAACCAGCAACAGGGGCAACAACCUCAACAACAGCAGAGUGGUGCUCCGAAUACAGGAUCCUCGCUGUUUCCUUCCGCGAAUGCGAACCCUAACCCUCUGUUUGGUGGUGGAAAACCUACAACGUCGUUAUUUGGGAGUACAACGGGCACGAAUGCUGCCAACACUGGUACAACGCAGCCAGCAACAGGAACCUCGUUGUUCGGAGGGUUUGGCGCAAACGCGAAUACAUCCAUGCAAGGUAACGCGACAGGCGGGUUUGGGACAAGUACGGCUCCGACAGGCGGUACUACAUUGUUUGGAUCGUCGACGAAUACCGCGAAUGCGACUCAGCCAAGUACAGGCUUGUUUGGACAGCAGCAGAACCAACCGUCCGCUGGUACAACCUCGCUGUUUGGCCAGCCACAGCAAUCUCAGCAGCCACAACAGCAACCGACGACAUCACUCUUUGGACAGCCAGCAGCGCAAGCGCAAGUUCAGCCGCAAACGAGUCUAUUUGGCAAUCUCGGACAGUCAACCAUUAAUCCUCCAUCUGGUGGUCUAGGCUUGUUUGGCAGUAAUCAACCGAGCAGCUCGCUUUUCGGACUACCGAACACUGGCGCAUCGACUUCUGGUCUCUUCGCUGGCAGAAGUUCUCUCAGACAAAGUCAACAACAGGCCGAUACCGCUCAGGCACAAUUCCUGAACCUUGUGCAGCGGAUAGAGGCUGUCGCUCAAGCAUGGGACCCGAACUCACCGCAAUGUCGUUUCCAACAUUUAUUUUAUAACCUAGUUGACCCGAAUCAAGUACAUCUGUACGGACGUCCACAGAAUGCGACGAACGAUGCUCUUUGGCAGAAAGCUGUACGCGAAAAUCCCGAUCCGUCGUGCUAUGUCCCAGCCUUAGCACUUGGGUUCGAUGAUCUCCAAAAACGCGUAGAAGCCCAAAGGGCACAAGCAACCGCCCACCAAGAAAAGUUAAAAGAGCUGAAAACUCGCAUCGCUACCCUCGCCUCUUCACAUUCCAGCACAAACGCACCUCGUUUACAACGUGCUGCUGCUGUGCAGACUCAGUUACAACAGCGGCUUGUUCGACUCGUGCAGCAUCUGCAUCUUUUGAUCCCGUCUGUCCGUUCGUCGUCAAUCCGGCCAGAAGAGGAGGCGCUAAGGUCUAUACUUGAAAGCCUUGAUGAGGAGAUUAGGAGACCGGGUGGGGUGGGUCGGUUGAAGGGCAAGUUGAGUGAACUGUGGGCUGUUCUUGGAGCAAUCGAGGCGGAGAGGGAGCGUGAGCGGAAUAAUAGCGAAAGUCGGGUAGAGUGGACGGUGGUUGAUCCAGAAGGCAUGCAAGGGCUCACGAAGAUCUUGAAUGACCAGCAGGCUGGUAUUGCCCAUUUGAUCAAUAUUGUCAAAGGUCACCAAAAAGACCUGGAUGUAAUAUUGGGCAAGCCGACAGAGGACCGUGAACGUGAAACGGAUGCGUUCUCGAACCCUCAAGCUAGCCAGGUCCUUCUGGGUGCAUCGAUGCGGAGGUCACUAUAGCUAUAGGAUUUGCGCUGUGUGUGUUGGAUGCGAUACCAUGUAAUAUCUAUUCUUUCAAAUUAAAAGCUGC